GUUUGGUUCGACACAACACAAUUGCUCCGACUGCCGACUCCCAACUCGAUCCGUUCAGUUAUCAGCGCUGCAUUGCAUCGUGUCUUCUCAAGAUAAUGGCCACCAUAGCCGCAUCCCAUGCCCAAGUGCAGGCACAUGCAUUUCAAACCGCCUGCCGCAGUCGCAUCCGCACCGCUCUCGACCGGUCCAGAACCCAACAUCGAUUGUCAUCUUCAUCCUCGUCCUCUAUCUCUCCGCCUGGCACGAGACAAAACCGUGCAUCACGACUGACUCCAUAUACCCCUCCUACGUUUAAACCUCGACAUGUCGCAUCGUCACCCUUCAACGCCCACCGCACCUGGCGUCAAGCAAGCACGAGUUCUUCCACCUCCUCAUCUGCCUCUCCGGGAACACACCGCAGAGCCAUCACAGUCACCAGCGACGAUGGGCGGUACAACUGGUCAGAGCUGAGCAGAGGAGAGAAAGCUGCUCGAGGCACUCAACAGACCUUUAACUUUCUCCUUGUCUCUGCCGGCGCGGUUGCGACGCUCACCGUCUUCUACCUCUUAUACACCGAAUUAUUCGCGCCCGACAGCGUCACCAUCCAAUUCAACCAGGCCGUCAGCCGCAUCAAAGCCCACCCCGAAGCCCGAGCUCUUCUAGGCCCAUCCUCCAAAAUCAAGGCCUAUGGCGAACCGACCUCCAACAAAUGGGCACGUGCUCGACCUCUCGCCCAUAAUAGUGAAGUCGAUAGGUUUGGCACCCAGCACUUCAGAAUGCAUUUCAACGUUGAGGGGCCUGAAGGCCGCGGAGUCGUCAAUGUGCAUAUGACGAAACCGCGUGGAGGUGAUGUCUUGGAAUAUGAGGUUUUGAGUCUCAAUGUGCCUGGCAAGCAGACGGUAUUUGUGGAGAAUCGCGAGGCCGAAAGAGGCGUCAAGGGAAAGGUUGGCAAGAUUUUUGGUGUUCAGUGGAGGUAGUUAUGGUCUAUGUCGGUGCUGCCGAGCCGCGCUUUCCUACCUCUUACCAUAUGAGAGAAGUACCACGAGAUAACAGCCUCGUUCAGCGUUGCAGACAGAAAACAGGAAAAUAAUGCAGAACUCUUCGAUCAACAAUUGUCAUGAGUUCAAGGUUGAGCGUGGAGUGUAUCUAUCAGUCUGCCGCUUGGUAUAUGGAGGGUACCAUCAGACGGUCAAUCCUGUAGUCUAAGUGGGACAAUGGGCCCCAUCAUUCCAUAUCUAAACUGAGACGAG